AUGAAGUUUCAUCUCUUUUUCUUUAUUCUCCUCUUUUGUGCCACAAUAUUAACAGCUAAAAAACAUUAUCCUGAGUAUGGUAGCUUGGAUUUGAGGAGAGAAUGCAAAAUGCGUAGAGGUCACUGCAAACCUCUGUGCUCUGAAAAUGAAAUUAGGAUGUCUUUCUGCAUAAGACCUGGGACUCAGUGCUGCAUCUAG